UAAAUUAAUGAAGAGCGGAAAAAAUCCAGUUUCAUUGUUGACCAGAGAACCUGAGUUUUAUCCUUUUGGUUCAUAAAAUCAAAUCUAUUGCCCAAGUGACUCUUACACUGUUAUGAAAGUAGUAUAAGAACACAUCUAUGUGCAUAAUUAAGUACCCCUAUGUGACCAUAAAAGGUCUGCCUGGCUGUCCACGGGGAAUGCGAGUGGGACUUGAUUCAUAAGCACGAAAGAGGGAACGUUAUUACCAUAAUCCCCCUGUAUUUCACUACUUUGAGGCUCAGCCUUAUGUGGUGGAGUGGUCAGGGGUACAGCCCUGGACACAGGCAUGUUUUGGUACAGGGUCUGGGCCGUGUGCCCUGUACAUCUGAGAGUCGGUAAUAAAUUGGCCUGGAAAUGCAUAGGUGAGUAUCUGGCCUAUGAAAAUUUUAAGUAUAACUCAAGUCAGGCACACAAAAAACUGAGGCGCUAGGUAUAUUAAGCAUAUCUGGAAAUUUAUAUGAGUAUUUUUUUAUUUGCGUUCUGGCUUUGCACUGUCAGAUACGAAUGGCAAAUGGGUAAGUAGAAAAAAAGUCACUGACAUCUUCCUGACCUUGAAAACAUGUGAUCUGGAUUAAAGCAGUGGCAUUUUUAUCUUUGUGCUCAAAUGAAGAGACUAAACACGUUCAAGAAACAAAAAGGGUAAACAGCACAGCUACAGCUCCUCCUUGCUAAAUAAUCACAUGGUGCUACAGCAAGUCCUUGAAGAGACAGAGCGGUCUGAUAGCAGGACCUACAGCUACUUUGUAGAUGAAGUCAAGCUCCUUUGGAGCUGCCUCCCCCGUGGGACUGGAGCCCUUCCCAAGAGGCAUCCCUGUGGCAAAGUGCCUCUCGUCUGCCUGUCCCUGGAGCAAGCACCGCGUUGUGCCGGCAGCAGAGAGGAGGCGGCAGGGACAUUUUUUCUUGAGGUAGGAGAAGAGCCACCUGUGCCCCAGGGCUGCUCUGGGGGCUGUAAGCUCUUGGGCCAAGAGGCCAGAAAUAACCCAGGAGCUGCCAGCUGGAGAGCCCGGAUUUACAGACUCUCCGAGAAAACAAGGCGUAUCGGAAAACUUGAGAGAAAAUGGACUGACACGGACACGGGAAAACGUUCUACAGCAUAAAUCAUAAAUUAUCCCCUGUUUGGAGAGAGGAGCUGCUGUCUAAAUGGGUCCAGUCAUGCCUCCCAGUAAGAAGCCAGAGGGCUCAGGAAUUAGCGUUCCCAGCGGAUUGAGCCAACGUUACCAAGAUAGUGAUAUAUCAAAGGCACUUCACGAUGACGAGGACCUAGAUUUCUCUUUGCCUGCCAUCAGAUUAGAUAAAGGGGCCAUGGAAGAUGAAGAACUAACUAAUUUGAACUGGUUACACGAGAGCAAGAACUUGCUGAAAAGCUUUGGGGACUCGGUGUUAAGGAGCGUCAGCCCCGUUCAGGACAUUGGUGAUGACACGCCGCCGUCUCCUGCCCACUCUGACAUGCCCUACGAUGCCAAGCAGAACCCCAACUGCAAACCUCCUUAUUCCUUUAGCUGCCUCAUAUUUAUGGCCAUUGAGGACUCGCCAACCAAAAGACUGCCCGUAAAGGAUAUAUACAACUGGAUCUUGGAACACUUUCCGUAUUUUGCAAACGCACCCACUGGAUGGAAAAAUUCUGUGCGACAUAAUCUGUCCUUGAAUAAGUGUUUUAAGAAAGUGGACAAAGACAGAAGUCAGAGUAUUGGAAAGGGGUCCUUGUGGUGUAUAGACCCAGAAUAUAGACAAAAUCUUAUUCAGGCUUUGAAAAAGACACCCUAUCACCCAUAUUCGCAUGUGUUCAAUACACCUCCCACAUCUCCUCAGGCAUAUCAAAGCACAUCAGGUCCACCCAUUUGGCCAGGAAGCACCUUUUUCAAGAGAAAUGGAGCCCUUCUACAAGAUCCUGACAUUGAUGCUGCCACUGCCAUGAUGCUUUUGAAUACUCCCCCUGAGAUACAAGCAGGUUUUCCUCCGGGAGUGAUACAGAAUGGAGCUCGAGUUCUGAGUAGAGGAAUAUUUCCUGGAGCCAGGCCAUUGCCAAUCAACCCUAUAGGAAGCAUGGCUGUUGCAGUGAGAACUGGUUGGAAAUCUUUCAAAAUGAAUGGAAUAACAAACUGCCGGAUGCGGACAGAAAGCGAACAGUCCUGCGGCUCUCCAGUUGUUAGCGGUGACCCGAAGGAGGAUCACAACUACAGCAGUGCCAAAUCUUCCAACCACAGGAGCACAUCGCCUGCUAGUGACUCCGUUUCCUCUUCCUCUGCUGACGACCAGUAUGAAUUUGCAACUAAAGGUAGCCAAGACAGCAGUGAAGGAAGCGAAGUUAGCUUCCAGAGCCACGAGAGCCAUAGUGAAACGGAAGAGGAGGACAAAAAGCAAAAUCGGAAGGAGACCAAGGAUUCUUUAGCUGACAGUGGGUAUGCAUCCCAGCACAAGAAAAGGCAACAUUUAAUGAAGGCGAAAAAAGUACCAAGUGACACACUGCCUCUUAAAAAGAGACGUACGGAAAAGCCCCCUGAGAGUGAUGAUGAGGAGAUGAAAGAAGCAGCAGGAUCGCUCCUGCAUUUAGCAGGAAUCCGAUCCUGUUUGAACAACAUCACCAAUCGGACGGCAAAGGGGCAGAAAGAGCAAAAGGAAACCACAAAAAAUUAGAACAAAUCAAUGAUUUGUUUGAACUUACAAAGUUUUGUUUCAGCACGUCAGGUGAAUUCUAAUGAUUUGUGGCAAUAUCAGCAAUUUUUUCCUUUUUUGUUUUUCUUUCUAUUUGUUUUUGUUUUGUUUCUUUCUUUUUUUUUUUUGACCCUUAAGAUUUUUAUUUUUAAAGGAGAUUGAAGCCAUAGAACUCAUACUGACACUCAGCUAAUUUACAAAAGCUUUUCAUUACCUGAAGACAAAAAGUUAACAAAAAAAAAAAAAAAAAAGAGCCAAAAUCGCCAUUGCUUUCUCCGGCUUGUCAAAAAUGCAUGGUUGAAUACAGAGUGACAUCAACAGUAAUGUGAUGGGAGUAAAAUUGUGCGUAAUUUAGUAGUCGUUCAGGCCUGGCCCUUAAGAAUCUUUUUUUUAAUGGCCUUACGAUUGGGUUAGAAGUGAAUGUGAAUAAAGAGCUCUGGGGGGAAGAGGAGGCGCGUACUUCUCAACACCAAACCAAGAACCAUCUAGUGGCACUUGGAUACGCUGUGCCAUAGAAGUCUUUGGACAGCCACUGGUGGCAACUGUGCAAACCGUAAUGCACUUUUAGUGCUUCACGUACUAUAUGUGGCUUAUAAUGUGACGACCGGUAACUAAGUCUGGGGAAAUUUGAACUAUGUAUGCAAUGGGUUUCAGUGAAAUAACGAGAAGAAACGGGAGGGAGGUGCACUGUUAGUAGCAUCGUUAAUCAUUGAAUUCUGUCUUCUAUAUUAAAUUAAAAGAAUGUUCAAAAAGCCAUAAGCCCGAAGAUUGGCACUGCGUGCAAAAAAAUAAUAGUAAUAGGGAAAAAAAAGCUAUGUCUUCUAAACUGCCUGAGUGAAAAGCAAUCGAGUCUAAGAAAUUACAGUAGAUAUUAAGGAAGGAAAUACAUCAGAAUCUUUUUCUGUGGAUCAAAUCCUUGAUCUAACUGGGGAAACAAAGCUACAAAACCUGCCACUAGUAGUAUUCUGUAUUUAAAAAUAAAAGGACAGCAUAUUAGCGAACAGUAAAAUUCAGCAGUUCAACAAAAGAGCUCCUGUGCUGCCCUCAGAAAUGAGUGCGCAGUUACCGUCAGUCAGGAUUCGUCUGUGCAAAAAUGACAACAGAUUUCCAGAUUCAACCAGCGUAGCCAGCAGAAGAAAUUUGAUCCGCGUUGCAUGGAUUCCUUUUGAGGGGGGGGAGGGGAAUACAAAAAGCAAACAAUUUUUUUUAUUCAAAGAUGACAAAGUUCUUGUAAGGUAAAUAAUGUAUUUAGCAUGAAGCAUGAAUUAUUUUCAUAUAAAUAUAGAAAAUAGAGAAAAAGGCUAUGCCUCUAAUUUUUAAGCCCUUAGGCUUAGAGUUUGGUUUUUUGGGUUUUAUUUUUGUUUUGUUUUGUUUUUGUUUUUGUUUUGGUUCUUUUUUGUUGUUGUUGGGGUUUUUUUGAAGCAGGUGUUUAAGGUAUAACCUUCUUCAGGGACAAACACUGACUGUUGGGGAACUUACUCUGCAAUAUUAAAAAAUAAAAUCUUCAUGCUCUGGUAGGGCUUGGAUGGUUGAAUUAUACUGCCUUGUCUGCACAUUCAGCCCCCCUCUCCCUACUUCUGUUUAAAAAAAAGAAAAAAAAAAAGAAAAAAAAGUAAAAGUGUGUCCUUUCUUCGUCUGUACAUGUGUAACAUGACGCAAUAAUCUGAGGGCAAAUUUAGUAGUGAGUGUGUAUGACAGAAUCAAGAGAAUAAUGGGAGGUUAAUUGAGGAAAACUCUCUGAUUUGAUUCAGGAAUAAGUAGCCAAGAAAAUAGCUUUGCUAAUUUGCCAUGAGAAAAUGAAGUUAGUGAAGAGCCGUACUGAGGUGUCCAGAGAAAAACCAGUGUUACAGUGAGUGUGAUUCAGCUAAAGUGCUACUCUCCUGGUAAUGACGACUAUUAGAUUGGAGAUCCCUACAGCAGAGGGAAGCUGUGAAAUAAGUACGACAGUCUCUCUCACCUGGACUCAUGAAUUUGGCAUGAAAAAUUCUACACUUGGAAUAUCAUAGAGGCAAAGAAGAAAAUCCCAGGUACCAACGACUUAACGGGAUGAAAUGGUCUGUUUAUU